CCCGGAUCGCGGCGUCUUGAAUUGAUGAGCACCACAUCUCCACUUGUAUCCGGACGCUGACCUGCAUACACCGCGGGGUAAUACUAAUCAUAACACUGCUACAGGCGCCUACUCGACCGCUGCUUGCAAACAUACCCACUGCUUUCAAGCCAGCAGCAACUUCAUCAGAUAUAACCCCGCGUGCUGGCCGCCACAUGCCUUUCUGAAGCCCAACACCGUCCCACCGCAAAGAUGGUCAAAGUAACCAGGCACGACUUCACCACUAGAAGUGACAAGACACUGUCAUACCUAGACGCCGGUCCACACGAUGGUCCUCUCAUGAUAUUCAUCCACGGCUGGCCAGCCAUCGCCUCUACAUGGACCCCCCAACUCACGACCUUUGCCAGUCUAGGCUUCCGCGUGGUCGCGCCUGACAUGCCAGGCUAUGGCGUGUCGUACAAAACCAAAGAUAAAAGUGACUACUCAAUGCAGAACGUCGUGACAACACUCCUAUCCCUGCUAAAGCACCUCGAGCGCCGCGAGGCCAUCUGGAUAGGCCACGACUGGGGCGCAUCCGUUGUAUGGGCGUUCCUAGCACACAACCCUGAGUUCUGCACGGGCGUUGUCAACAUGUGCAUCCCAUAUCGGACGCUCGAAAUGGGUGUGGACGAGCUGAUCAAGUACGCCAACCGCGACAUCUACCCGGAGGACGAGUACCCGAACGCUCAGUGGGACUACCAGGUCUUCUACCAGGACCAGGCAAAUCUCGACAAGGCAAUCGCAUUUUAUGAGGUGGACAUCGACAAUUUCCUCAAAGCCAUUUACCGUCCCCAAAAUUCCGCAGGUCACGACAAGCCCGCCAUUACGGCAACGGUGUGCGAGGAUGGCGGAUGGUUUGGAGGCGCGGACAAACCACCUCAGACACCCCUGGAGACAUCACUGCUGGACGAGCACACGCUCAGAGACCUUGGGGAUGCGUUUCGGGCUGGAGGCUUCUGGGCCCCUACGGCGUACUACCUCAAUCAUGACGCGAACAAGGAGUGGGCGGAGGACUGGUCGGUGAACGAGGGCGUGGUUUCCAUCCCCACGUUGUUCAUUGAGGCGCUGCACGACCAUGUCGCGGGCACGCAUAACUCCACCGUGAAGGAGCCGAUGCAGAGUUACUGUCGAAACCAUACCGAGGUGAGUAUCGAGGCUGGACAUUGGGUCGCGAUGGAGAAGCCGGAACAGGUCAAUGCGGCGAUUGCGAGGUGGAUCCUGACUGCUAUACCGUCGGCCUGGCCGUUUGAUAAAAAGACACCGUUGAAAAAGAAUAGGUAGGAUGGCGAGUCGGUGAGCCAAAAGGGAAUCAUAGACAUACCAGGACAAAGAGGACUUCAUGAGUGAGGACAUGAAUGAUAAGAUUUUACCGAAUUCUUCAUCUCAAACAAGACAGCCAACA